GAAAAAGGGAAAUGAGACUGGUCCCGAUGGAGAAGGCGUGUCCUCGGUGUUUAUAAGUGACCUACUGACAAACGGAGUUCCCUUCAGUCUGUUAGCGGAGCACAGAAGGUCCUCUCCGUCUGAAAAUGGCCCAGUCAAUUCUCGACACCAUGCCCGGAGCCUCCACUGGGGCUCUGGUGGUCACGGAUCACCUGAAUUUUUGGGGUGGGAAACGAGUGAAACCCAGACAGGAGAAGUACCUGGAACCCGUCUUCGAACCAGCAACCGGCCGGAUCUUGUGUCAGAUGGUACCCUGUGGAGCCGAGGAGGUGGAUGAAGCCAUAAAGAGUGCCCAUGAUGCAUAUCAGAAAUGGAGGAAGAUGUCUGGCAUGGAAAGAGCUCGAGUGAUGCUCGAGGCUGCCCGUAUUAUCAGGGAGCGAAGGGAGAAUAUUGCAAAGCUGGAAGUGAUCAACAACGGCAAGUCCAUCACUGAAGCAUUGGUGGACAUUGAUGUUUCAUGGCAGACCAUUGAGUACUAUGCUGGCAUGGCUGGUACACUCGCAGGCCAGCACGUCCAGCUUCCUGGUGGAGCAUUCGCUUACACCAGGAGGGAGCCUCUUGGUGUGUGUGCUGGAAUUGGUGCCUGGAACUACCCGUUCCAGAUUGCAUGUUGGAAAUCUGCUCCUGCUCUGGCUUGUGGUAAUGCCAUGGUUUUCAAGCCCUCCCCAAUGACUCCUGUGACUGCUGUGAUCCUGGCUGAGAUCUACAAAGAGGCUGGAGUCCCUGAUGGACUCUUCUGUGUGGUCCAAGGUGGAGCAGAGACUGGCACUUUGCUCUGCCACCAUCCGAUGGUUGCUAAAGUCUCCUUCACUGGCAGUGUGCCAACAGGCAAAAAGGUCAUGGAAAUGUCUUCAAAGACGGUGAAGCAGGUGACUCUGGAGCUUGGUGGAAAAUCUCCACUCAUUAUCUUCAAGGACUGUGAGAUGGAGAAUGCAGUGAAAGGAGCACUUAUGGCAAACUUCCUUACACAGGGGCAGGUUUGCUGCAACGGGACCAGAGUGUAUGUGCAGAGAGACAUCCUGCCCCAGUUUUUGGAAGAGGUGGUUAAGAGGACCAAGGCCAUCCGUAUCGGCGACCCCCUGCUCGAAGGCACCCGAAUGGGAGCGCUGAUCAGCAAACCACAGCUGAAUAAGGUGCUGGGCUAUGUCGAGGGAGCCAAGAAGCAGGGGGCCAGAGUGCUUUGUGGUGGAGACCCUUAUGUUCCAAGUGACCCCAAACUUAAAGAUGGCUAUUUCAUGUCGCCCUGUGUGUUAGAUAACUGCAGAGAUGACAUGACCUGUUGUGAAGGAGAGAUUUGGCCAGUUAUGUCAGUGCUGCCUUUCGACACAGAGGAGGAGGUCAUCAAGAGGGCCAACAACACUACCUUUGGAUUGGCCUCUGGAGUCUUACCAGGGACAUUUCAAGAGCCCAUCGUGUUGCUGAGAACCUGGAGGCAGGUACCUGUUUCAUUAACAACUAUAAUGUCAGCCCGGUGGAGGUGCCGUUCGGAGGUACAAGAAUUCAGGUUUCGGCAGAGAGAACGGUCAGGUGGACCAUCGAGUACUACUCCAGCUGAAGACUGUUGUCGUGGAAAUGGGCGAUGUUGAGAGCCUCUUUGAAGUGCUCUUGCCAAGUUUACAUUUUUGUAGCCACAAGUGUGAAUAAAAUGCUUCCUCCCCCAAGUGCUUUUCUUCAGACACAUAUUAAUGUAGGACCUAUUACAUUUCACUUUGUUAAAGCCUUACACUUACAAUAGGAACAGCUGUUUUGAAGGAACAAUCUUCUGUUUUUUCUUAAAUUAAGAUGGCUUUACUGUAUUUGCCAAGUAAAGAAAUGUAGACUCAAGGGAUAUACUAACCUUAUUAAAAAAGAUAAUAUGCUACUACACAUAUUGGACCUGUAGCUGAACUGUGAAUCAGCAUCGAGCAAAUUGCUGACAGUUGGUGUCAAACUGGUCUUGGACCACCUUUAUUAGAAAAUAAAAUAUUUUGGCAACAAA